AUAGAAAGUGUCCAAUCUCCGAAACUUCCCGUGAAACUAAACGGAAAAUACGCAUGCCUAUCAUAUUCCACAGUGUGAUUCAUUGACUAAAGGUGACUGCGUGUGGCUAUUGGAGUGAUAUAAUAAGAGCAAUUGAGCGAAGGUCAAAAAGCGAGCUUUGGGUAUACCACUUCACUAUUAUUUACAUAAUUGAAGGAAACGUGUGUGUGUGUGUGUGUGUGUGUGUGUGUGUGUGUGUGUGUGUGUGUGUGUGUGUGUGUGUGUGUGUGUGUGUGUGUGUGUGUGUGUGUGUGUGUGUGUGUGUGUGUGUGUGUACGUGGAUCAUGCAGGAACAUGUUUCCUCACUGAAUAGCCCACCUUUAUGUGCAAUAACAGCUUUAGAUAGCUAAUCUGGCCUUGUUCUAUUGCUUGUAGCUAAUGCCUGUAGGUAGCCACCUCUGAUAAUAUAUAAUAACUAGACACCCAACCUACAUUUAUGUUAUAAGGUGUGUGUGUGUGUGUGUGUGUGUGUGUGUGUGUGUGUGUGUGUGUGUGUGUGUGUGUGUGUGUGUGUGUGUGUGUGUGUGUGUGUGUGUGUGUGUGUGCCCAUGUGUACGUGUUUGUUCCAGAUGGCCUGUCCAGCUUGCUGGCAAAAAACAGCGUCACAUUACAGCCAGCCUUUGUGUGUGUGUGUGUGUGUGUGUGUGUGUGUGUGUGUGUGUGUGUGUGUGUGUGUGUGUGUGUGUGUGUGUGUGUGUGUGUGUGUCCUCUAUGUGUGAGUUUGUGUAUGUCCUCUGUGUGGAUGUGUUUGUUUUGUCUCCUUGAAGGCUUAGUUUUGUGGCACAUUGUUUCCACCUUACCGGACAUGAGAGACAUGGGUAGAGUGCCCCCAAACCCUCUGCUUACUGUGGUCUUCCUGCCUAACAUGUGGAGGAGGAGGAGGAGGAGGAGGAGGCAGAGGAAGAGGAACUACAGUAGCCCAAGGAGAACUUUUGGUUCCCCUCUUGCUCAGUCGGAAAGAAUACCCACCUCUUGUUGUUCCUUGUUUGUUACCGAAUGGUACGCAACGUUUAAAUCGAACCGCUUCAUUUUAUUUAGUUCUGCAUUCAAAUGAGUCACUGUUCAUCGUUGGUCCAUCUCCAGAAAUAAUUACAGCAGUUGCCGUAGCAACAUUGCUCUUACUGUGGUAUCAUUCCAAAGCGGUUUGGCCGCUACCACGUCGUUCCCCAGCAUCUGUCUAACGCUGGACGCUCGCUCGCACAGCAGUGCUAAGUGGAUUCACAGAGCUAUGGCACUUUAACUGUGAACCUGAGUGGAACGGCUGCAUGUUCACAUCCUGCGCUUGUCCAUGCUGGGUAACAAACAGCCUCAAGCGAAUAACUGUAUGACAGGCCCUUUCCCCUCCAUGUGAGGAUAACAUAACGAUUUUGUGUGUAGGAUUCAGUCCGGUAUUGGUCAGUUGAGGCAGAGGCUCCAGAAAGAUGGGCUACAUCAACAUUUAUGGCGUUUAAGCUUGUAAACGUCAGAGAUAUGCUGCACGUGUGGGCACUGCAAGAUCUUGUUUUCACGACGGCAGACAGCAUUUGUGUGUGUGUGUGUGUGUGUGUGUGUGUGUGUGUGUGUGUGUGUGUGUGUGUGUGUGUGUGUGUGUGUGUGUGUGUGUGUGUGUGUGUGUGUGUGUGUGUGUGUGUGUUGAAUUCACACAGCCUGAUCAACAGGUGCCAGCUGACAUCCGUGAGACAGUCUUUCUCUGUUUUGCUCUCUUUGUCACUCUUUGUGAAUCACAUGCACGUGCACACUGCACACACACACUCGUGGUACUUCUCCAUGUUCGCCUAAAUCACUCCAUUAAGUUGAGGCUUUCAACAAGUGGUGAUUCACCCCUACCACGGCUGCUCUACAAGUUAAUUUUGAAUGAGAAAUGUUGAUUCAUACGAACAACAAACUAUUGAUUACUUAUUUCACAUAGUUUUAACAUUAAGAUGAUUUAAUUUGCGGGAAAUGGGAAUAGUAGCUUGGUUUGUUCCUGGGACCAGCUUCCACAUGAAUUUGACUAGGCCCAUUUCCCUCCUUGUUUUUAAUCACACGCGACCAAUGGUAGUCGCUGAUUGCCAACCCUUGGCAGGUGAUAAGAGAAGUGUGUAGAUAAAGGAACAAAGGAUGGAAAGCUUUAUUCUUUUAAUCUCUCUUGCAAUGACCGCUGCACAGGUGUGGCCCACCUUCUUUUCAUGGCAUUUACUGUUCUGCUUAUACAAAUCUCUACCAUACUAAGAGAAGCCCGAACAAAAAAAAAUUCUUAGCGUGGCAGUUAAACAUGGGAAGUAAAACGUGACUCAGUUAGCCUCAGAAACUAAGAUAAGGGAUUUCCUAGGACACAUCCAGCAUCAUCAGUGUCAAGGGACCAAUCGUUUCACUCAAUUCAGUUGAGCCCUAUCAUUCAUAAAGUUCAGAGCUGUAAACACGAGUGUCCAAUGGUAAUCACAAUUACAGUGUCAAAUUUCAUAGUGUCCACUAAAUGACGCAUGUCGCAUAGAUCGAUGUUGUAACCUGAUCUCUAGACUUUAUGUGUCUAAAAAUAGUUUUGUGUGCUUGUUUACUCAGCUCAGUUGUAUAGUUCUGAGCUGAAGCCAUAUUUUAUAUAUAGCUUGCGCUGGGAAUAAAUGAUUAACCGUGUGUGUGUGUGUGUGUGUGUGUGUGUGUGUGUGUGUGUGUGUGUGUGUGUGCCAUGCACUAGAGUUACCAACCCAUGGCUUGUCAUCCUGUUGCAAGCGAUGUCUUCCUAGCUUAAGAAGUGUGUACGGAUGUCAAAAAGUGUGUGUGUAAAUGGGCUCCCUGUGGUGUUUGGCCUGGGGUCAGGAAUUCCUGCUUCAUAAUGCAUUCCAGAUAAUGCCAAGUUAAUGAAUAUCAAGUUACUGCCAUCGGUAUGUAGCUAAGGCCCCCGGUUGUAGUGAAGGAAAGUAGGUAAAGUAGCCUAGUCUGACUGGGCCUGGACACUUAUUUACCUAUGACUCAUUCAGCUGUACUAGAAGAUGAAAAAUAAUCAUGUAGUUUGGGUAGACGUGUCUCAAAAAGGCUUUGACCCACUUGGAGUGGGAAGGAGUAUUAAAUGAGCAAUGUUGGCGUCUCGUUGUAAUGUUGUAAUUUCCUGUCACAGCGAGGAGGUUGGGAGACUGGUGGAAAGAGCGGAGCUAUGUGAAAAUGCAGAAUCCCUUGCCUUUUAAUACAUAAGAGAGAGAGGGACACAGGAAGAGAGCGGGAGCUUUAUUGUACAAUCUGACCCCUAUAAUUGGAAAUUUUCUUGUAAAAUGGGCAACGUGACAGAUUUACAUUUUCCUUUAUCCAAAUCGACGAUACGAGAUCUGACCUUUUGCUGUAAUCUCCCUGGGAACACUGUUUACAAACCGCAGGAUGGGGCACUACAGUGUGCAACAGAACAACGCGUCCGAACAUGGCCUCAAAGCCACCAGCGGUGCCGCCCAACCUCCGUCGCAACAGGGCAGCCCCGUCUGCACCCGCUACCCCAAAACACAUCCCAGCAGCAGCCCCAGGUCUGACGCCAGCCCCAGGCCCCGGCCUGGCUCCCAUCCGGCCUACCAGCGCUGCAACUCCCAGGACUCUCUGGGCGAGCUUGCGAUGGACGACUACUGGAAGGAGGUGGAGAACAUCUCCUGCUCUGGGGGAGGUGAUGGGGGAGGCACGGGGAAGGGGGAGUCUGGGGGAGAGGUCCAAGAGGACGACCAGCAGAAAGUUCCAGAAGAGGGAGAGUCGGAAGAGGCGUGGCUAGCAGAGGCGGGACUUACGGGACUGUUUGAUGAUUCGCUGACUCCGGACCAGGAUCAGGAAGAGGACAGCGCCGUCUUCCUGUCCACGCUGACCCGGGCCCAGGCGGCGGCCGUGGAGCGCCGCGUGGUCUCGCUGCAGACGCUGAAGCGACGCAACCGUCAGCACGCCCCCGACGUCAGGGACAUCUUCAGAGCCCCCGAGACGCACGCGCCCACUAAGGUUGACGAGGCUACCAUUCUGGAAGAGAAGAGUGAGAACCAAGAAAAAGAUGUGGCUUUUAAUGCAACGCACAUUUCUGAAGAGACGGAGAGCGAAUGGAAUGACAAGUUAUCCUUCUCAGAGCAGGCACUCGACUACAAGGAGCACAGUCAAAGGUUAACGAUCGUGUCCAGUCCAAAACCUCUGCACUCACCUGAUGACAAACUACCGAACUUCAAGUUGAUUCAGGAUAAGACGGGCCAGACCAGAAUAGGAGACCUUUCUUCACUGGAUAUGAAAAAGGUGCGACGGUUGGUGCUUAUUGAGAUGACAGCCCUCUUUGACACUUGUGGGAUAGACCCGAAAUCCCACAAAGCUGUUAAAGUCAAGGCUAAAGAGAGCGGUCUUUUCGGCGUCCCCCUCGCCACCCUGCUGGAUCAGGACCAGAGGCGGCUGCCUGGGACCAGGGUGCCUCUCAUACUGCAGAGGUUAAUCAGUCAUAUCGAGGAGGAGGGGCUGAACACGGAGGGGUUACUACGGAUCCCCGGAGCGGCCACUAGAGUCAAGUCGGUGUGCCAGGAUCUGGAGUCUGGUUUCUACGAAGGCGUGUUUCCCUGGCAACAGCUGAAACAGCACGACGCCGCUAGCCUUCUGAAGAAGUUCAUCCGGGAUCUUCCUCAUCCCCUGCUGACCGUCAAGUACCUCAACGCCUUCAUCGCUGUCGACAAGCUCCCAACAAGGAAGCAACAGCUGCAUGCCUUAAACCUGCUGGUUCUACUUCUGCCCGAGACCAACCGAGAUACCCUGAAGGUGUUGGUGGAGUUUUUCCAACGGGUGAUCGACCGUCAGGCCCAGAACAAGAUGACACUCAACAACGUCUCCGUCGUCAUGGCGCCCAACAUGUUCAUGUUCAAAGGGUACCGCUCCAAGGUUACCGGACAGCAGGAGAUUUCCAUGGCAACAAGCACAGCUAAUAUUGUGCGGCAGCUGAUCAGAUACCAGAGACUUCUGUGGACAAUCCCCAAGUUCAUCCUGACGCAGGUCCGACAACAGAACACGGAGAACCAGCAGAAGUUGAACAGGGAGGGGGCGGUGAGGAAGCUUCUGAAGAAGAUCGCCAUCGACAGACCUACCGAGAAGGCCGUUAAUGAGGAGGGUUCAGUUGGUUUUAUCCGGGUCCAGGCGCCACAGUUCAACAAAGUCUCCAUGGCGGUCCAGCUCACAGAAGAGUUACAGGCUGCUGACGUGCUCACAAGGUUCCUGAGCCAGGAACGUUCAGUGCCUGUGAAGCGGGAAAAUUUGUGUCUCUAUGAGAUUGGUGGAAAUCUCAAGGAGCGGUGUCUGAACGAGGCGACGUACAUGAAGGACCUCUUCCAGCUGAACCCCGCAGCAGAGUGGGUCAUCAAGACUGUGCAGCGGUGAUGAGACCCACACACCCGAUUCCUGGACCCUCUCAUUGGGCCCUGUUUGGGGGUGCAGCAGGCUCUUAUUGUGAUAGAGAUGUAAAAUGGUACUCUCUAGUUGUGGCUUUGGGUUGAAGAUGACUAGGACUAGGCACUAGGAAGAGAGGGCGGAGCAACGUAAGUGUGCAGACCGACAGAACCCUGCUGAUGGCAAAAGGCACCAUUUAGGACUAGAACGUGUACAUAGUCUGUGAAUAUGUUUUUUGGUUCCCAUUUGCCUCAUGUUCAUUUGAUGAAUUGUACCCUUCUGUGACCACUAUUUUCGGGUACAAAAAUGGUUCAUUAGAUACCAACGAUUUAUUGAAUGCAUCAUGUCCUUAUUUAGUAGUAUGAAAAGCACUUGAUAAAACCCCAUAUACUUCCUGUAUUAUUUUUAUAAUAAUAUGGCAACAGGACAGCAAUUAUUUUCGUCGUCACAAAGGUAUUGUGAUUUAAGGCUGUUAUUUGUUGAAAUUAUAUUCAUAACAAGCACACCAUUUAAAAUCAACCAAACCCCUUCAUUGUUAAAUCGAUUUAAAUUAAAUCGAAAGACGAGUGACUGCAUUUCUGAACCACUACGAAUGACAACAGUUUCUGCCAAACAUAACGGCCUAUAGCCUACUGUAGAAUCACAGUACUACUGGGAGAUUCUACAGACCUAGGGGGUUUAGUAUGAGACUACAAGAGACAUUUCUGAUAGUGGUCUAAGCACUUGUAGUUAGAUAUGUCGUUCUCACAGUUUCACAUGUUUCAGUGUGAUAGUGUUUCAAUGUGAUGAAAUUCAAUGAAAUAAGUUUCAUCCCAUAAUAAGAUUAACCACGAUUUGAACGAAGUAUCGUAUUUGGGAUGUAGACAUAACCACUCUGAAACACAAAAUAAAAACGUCAAGUUCAGGACAAAGAUUGAUGUUAUGGUGCACUCCGUAAUAAAAGAUUGUUGAAUGAUUUAUGAAAAAAUUUCAAACUAGACUGAUCUGGUUGACUUGAUAGAUGGCUUAUUGAGUUGGAUCGGGAUUUGAAGUCCUCGGUAAAAACAUUAAAAUUAUUUUUUUGGCGAUAUUUAAAAAUGGGUGGUAGGGCUUAACUUAAAGUGUGCCUUCCUCUGUGCAAUUUGAUGUCGAUCAAUACUGUUAAAAAGUGUAAAGAUGUCACCAAUUUUAGGUUGUUUUUAAACUGACUGCCACAACUUUACCGUGAAUAUUUUUUUCAUCGAAAGACAUGCAUUUGUAUAAUAACCACUUCUGAAAUGACCACUAAAACUCUGUAAAUAAAUAAUGUAGACUAAUUAUUGCCA